CAUCUAUAAUGUUAAGGCUGACCGCCGAAGAUCGGGGGACUCCGUCCGUUUUUCAAGCUUCGAGGGAGGCCUCCGUCGAGAGCGCAACGAAAGCCGAGCGCCGGUCGGAGAUGGACCGCCGGGGGAAACCCUAGAUUUUCUCCGGCGGUGGGUUCGGCUUUUAAGGCUCUGGUUCCAGGGCGUUCGAGAUGGAGAUCCUCAACAAGCUCAAGAACCUCGAUGCCUAUCCCAAGAUCAACGAGGAUUUCUACAGCCGCACGCUCUCGGGAGGACUCAUCACCAUCAUCUCCUCCAUCAUUAUGCUCCUCCUGUUCAUCUCCGAGGCCAGACUAUAUAUUUAUUCGGAAACUGAGACUAAGCUGAUAGUAGAUACUUCAAGAGGAGAAAGACUACGAAUCAAUUUUGAUAUCACUUUUCCAUCCCUUAGUUGUUCGCUUGUUAGUGUGGAUACCAUGGACAUAAGCGGGGAGCAGCAUUACGAUAUAAGGCAUGACAUAAUAAAGAAAAGACUAGAUCAUUCUGGUAAUGUUAUUGAAUCAAGACAAGAUGGUAUUGGUGCAACCAAGAUUGAAAGGCCGUUACAAAGGCAUGGAGGAAGGCUUGAGCAUAAUGAGACUUAUUGUGGUUCUUGCUAUGGUGCAGAAGUGUCAGAUGACGAUUGCUGUAACUCAUGCGAAGAAGUUCGUGAAGCAUAUCAGAAGAAAGGAUGGGCCCUAACGAAUCCAGAUCUGAUUGACCAGUGCACAAGAGAAGGCUUCAUCGAAAGGAUUAAGGAAGAAGAAGGGGAAGGAUGCAACAUUCAUGGGUUCUUGGAUGUUAAUAAAGUAGCUGGAAAUUUUCACUUUGUUCCUGGAAAAAGCUUCCACAAAUCUAACAUUCAUGUGCAUGACCUAUUGACCUUCCAAGCUGAAAGUUAUGACAUAAGCCACAAAAUAAAUAAGCUAUCCUUUGGGAAAGAGUUUCCAGGUGUUAUAAAUCCACUUGAUGGUGCACAAUGGACACGACAAGCCUCAUCCGGGAUGUACCAAUAUUUCAUCAAAGUUGUUCCCACAAUUUACACUGACAUAAGAGGACGCAAAAUUCACUCGAACCAGUUCUCAGUAACAGAACACUUCAAAGAUGGCAAUGUUUAUCCCAAGCCUCCUCCUGGGGUAUUCUUCUUUUAUGACUUUUCACCAAUUAAGGUGAUCUUUACAGAAGAAAAUAAAUCUCUGCUGCACUUCUUGACAAACCUAUGCGCUAUAGUUGGAGGUGUCUUCACAGUUUCUGGAAUAAUUGAUGCAUUCAUUUAUCAUGGCCAAAGAGCAAUUAAGAAGAAGAUGGAGCUUGGAAAGUACAGGUGAUUGCUUAUAUUCGAGGAAGUGGUCUCCUAGUUUUCCACUUCUGGGGCCUAUUGAAAGAUAUGAUUUGGUAGACUGACCGUGCUGGACAAGAUGUUGAUGCUGCUGAUGGGGCCUGCUGAAAUUAUGACUAUUUGGGCUCAAUGCUGCUCGUAUGUUACGUGUAACAUGAAAAACUCUCUAUCUUUUGCCUCUCUUUGUAAAUGUUAUUUGUGUGUUUAUUUCUAGUAUCUAUUUUAUUACUUGAAUAUAUGUUGUUUUAUACUAUCGGCAGUGGUUCUUAGGGUUUUGAU